CAGCGGGAGCCCCCGGCGAUGCCCGCGCUGCUCCCGCCGCUGGCCGCCCCCUGAAGACACCCCUCUCUAUUGCCUCCCUUCUCCAGCGACCUCAGGCUCUGCGCCCCCUUUUCCCCUUUCCUUCCUUCCCCCCUUCCCUUUAUUCCCUCCCCCCCCUCCCUUCCCAGCCUCUUUAUCCUCCUUUCCUUGAGACCCUCCGCACCCGCCCGGCUGCCGUGUGGAUGCGGGCCGGGGUGCCUGGCUGCGCGGGCGGCGAGAGCCGAUGCUGAGGGGCCGGAGGAGGAUGGAGUGCACCCUCGAUGCGCAGAGUUUGAUCAGUAUUUCCCUGCGGAAGAUCCACAGCUCCCGCACGCAGCGAGGCGGCAUCAAGCUCCACAAGAACCUGCUCGUCUCCUAUGUGCUCCGCAACGCCCGGCAGCUCUACCUGAGCGAGCGCUACGCCGAGCUCUACCGCCGCCAGCAGCAGCACUACCCCGACGGCGCCCCGCUCCUCGCCAUGCCCGCCUGCCCGCCGCCCGCCGCCGCCGCCCCGCCGGAGCUGGCGGCGCUCCCGCUGCCCGCCGACACGCAGGACCGCGAGGCGCGGAGCUGCGGGGCUGCGCGGGGCGGCGCGGAGCUGCUGGAGGUGCCGGUGUGCGCGGCGCCCCCGGAGCUGCAGAGAGCGCCCUGCAGAGACUCGUCCCCGGGCUUCUACCGGGCCCCCGGCAGCGCCGGUCCCGGUGGCGGAGGCGCGGCCCCGGGGCUGCUCUACGCCGCCGGCUGUGACUUCGGGAGCGGCGGGGCCCCGCACUGUAGCAGCCGCACCACGGUGCUGGAUUUGGACACUCACGUCGUGACCACGGUGGAGAACGGGUACUUGCACCAGGACUGCUGCUCGCAGUGCCCCUGCUGCUGCCAGCCGGCACCGGGGCUCGCCUCCCCGCCGCCCGCGCCCGGCACCAAGCGCAAGUAUUACCCGGGGCAGGAGGAGGAAGAGGAGGGGGUGGAGGAAGGGGAGCCGGGGGGAGGCGGGGUGGCGGGCGGCCCCCCCUUCGCCCCGUGCACCAAACGCGCCCGCUUCGAGGAGUACAGCGCCGAGCACCCCCAGGACUCUUCCAACAUCUCCAACUUGAUCUCCAUCUUCGGCUCCGGUUUCACGGGGCUGGUGAGCCGGCAGCAGGCGGACUCGGAGCAGCCCCUCAACGGGCAGCUGUGCAGCAAGCAGGCGCUGGCGAGCCUGGGAGCCUGGACUCGGGCCAUCGUCGCGUUUUAGAGAGGAGCGGAGGAGCAGAGGGGGCGGGGGGGGUCUUGGCAAAACGGGGGUGCGAUCCGAGGAA